AUGGACCUAAAAGCCGGUGGACUACUCGUGCCGCCAACUGUUAAGAAUUCAAGCUGCUCGCAUCCACGUUACACCAGCCACAAUUUCAUUGCACACAUCGGCAUUGCGGAGACCAUCGAAGCGGUGCUCAUACUCAUWUUGACGCUGGGCGUGAUUGGUGCCAAUGCGCUGGUCAUAUUUGUAAUAAACAAUCGUCGCUAUUCGCCCUACAUACAUCAGCAGCCGCGUUAUCUGCUCACCUCUCUGGCUUUAAAUGACCUCACCAUUGGACUGCUUAUCACACCGUUUGGACUGUUGCCAGCGCUCUUCCAUUGUUGGCCGUACGGCGAGAUAUUUUGCCAAAUACAGGCAUUGCUCCGCGGUGCGCUUUCCCAACAAAGUGCCGUUAUAUUGGUCUGCAUGGCCGUCGAUCGGUAUAUGUGUGCACUGCAUCCACGAAAAUACUAUCAGCACUCCAGYAAAAAGGGCUGUGUUGCCGUGUUGAGCUUAACAUGGAUCAUCAGUUUGACGGUGUUUGGUUUUCUAGUGCUGCCUAAAGGCUAUUACUUCAACAACACCGGCCUGAUGGCCUGCGAACCAUUCUACAGUAAGCCAUCAUAUCGUAUACUGUCCACCUGCGCACUCUACUUCCCCACAACCAUGGUGCUAAUGUACUGUUACGGUUCGAGUUUUCAUUUGAGCCGUUUCCGUUUGAACGAUCCAACCAUGCCACUAACAGCUGCGGUCCAUCAUCCGCAUCUCGGACAUCCGCCGCAUAUGUACCAACAAGCGUUGCAUGCUCAUCACAUGCAGCAUGGYGGCAUGGCGGGUGGUGGUAUGAGUCAUCAUGGACUGCCGCCGGGCACCACAACGCUACCGAAUACGCCCGUAAUGAAUCUCAGCAUGGCCAUGAGCAUGGGUUUGGGUGGUGGUGGUGKUCCAACGAAUAAUGUGACAAAGAAGAUUGUGCCCAUCCAGGAGAAACACUCUGCCGGCAAUACGUCACGUUCUAUGGCUGCCAUUUCGUUGGGUUUCAUUGUUAUGAUUACACCGUGGACGAUACAGGAGAUUGUCACUGCCUGCACGGGCUCYAAGCUGCCGCCUUUUCUGGAUUUUGUGGUAACUUGGAUUGCCUUAAGCAACAGUCUGUGGAAUCCAUUCAUGUAUUGGCUGCUCAAUUCGGAUUUUCGACGGCUGAGUAAACACUUAAUGCCAAAUAGGUGCUUCCCCACUGAGGACACGCCCGAACACAAAUCACCCUGUUGUCACAUCAAUUCUGAUUUUGAAAUCACAACGCUGCCACUGCCGCCGGAACCGCCUACCGGACGACCACCAAAGGGUGGCGAUGCUGCUGGCGAUAACAAUGGCAGCGAAGGCGGCAAUAGCUCCAGCGGUGGCGGCGGCAGCAGCAGUAGAGGCGGCGGCGGCAGUGGUAUACGCGGUGGCUCUGUGCUGGGCAUUUGCGCACGAGCACGCACCAACAGUCUCAGUCGCAGCGGAUCACAGCAGGCGCGCAAGAAUGCCAACAGCGGCGCCGGUGGCUGUAGUAACAGCAGUCACGGACAUCAUGGGCACAGUCAUCAUGGCGGCGGUGGCGGCGGUGGUAUGACUUUCACUAGCGUACGGCCCGACAUUGAAGGGCUCUCCGAAAAGUAUUGGGGUGAAAUACUGGAGCGCACGGUGAGCUCGGGUAGCCUGCAUGCGCUGACGAAAAGUUUUCCGCACGCAGCGCCGCAUCACUACUAUGCUGCACACCAUCAGCCGACACAUCAGCAAACGUUUCCGCCGCCACCGCACACCGCAACAAUGACAACAUCGUUUAGCAAACACAGCGAACUGAAUCUCAACUUGGCGUUGGCCGAACAGGAACGCCAUGCAGCCCUCAGCAAAUUUUCCAGUUCAGAGCCAAAACUGUGCGAACAUAUCUAUCAUGAUGCCAACUGUGCCAAAAAUAAAUCAGCGCUGGGCGCUGGCAGUGCUGCAGUGGCGUCGGCAACCGGACGCAGCAUACCGGAUAUUUAGUACGCGGAGAAUGUUAUAUUAGCAAACAAUCAAAUGGCGCGCUUUUGUGCGCGGGGCGUCGUCUGUGCUGGCGCGUCCAUGACAGGUGCUGGUGGUGGUGGCAUUGGUGGUCGCAGCAACACUUUAACCACCAAUCGUGUAGCUUGUCAUAGUCCGCCGGCGCGCAGCAUGUCCGUAUUAGUCGCGAUGCCGAUGGCCGAGUACCGGAAGUAG